AUGGCCGACUCGCUGCUGGAGCUCCUGUCUCCACAUAUCUUAACACCCUCGAAUGAUGCUACAACCUCACAAUAUCUUAAUCGCCUGUCGACUCUGUCUCUGCAAAACCUCCAGACCACCGAACCCCAGUCCCUCGCCCAAUCCUCCCACUCCACGCUCCUGUCUCUCCAAGCAUUGUCCAACCGUUCCCACCGGACAUUUAUAACCUCCUCCGAUAACCUAUCUACCUUACGUACCUCAAUUCCUAAGUUGACGAGCGAGGCGCAAGAACUCCGCGAUGCCGUGCCAAAGCUCGACGAAGCCGCCGUGGGCUUUUCUACCAAAUAUAGCAAGAUCAACGACAACGCCUCCUUAGAGCGACGCAAGAAAGCGAUGCAACUUACCCGCAAUGUGGACCGACUGUCUGAUAUUCUCGAGCUUCCUUCUCUCCUAUCCGCUGCUGUGUCCGCUGCCUCGGCCAAUUCAGGAGCUGGCGCGGCAUCUACGACAUAUUCAUCUGCGCUCGACCUACACGCACACAUUAAGCGAUUGCAAACGUUAUAUCCCGAUUCUCCAUUGAUUCAAGACGUAGCAUCUCAGGCCGAAGAUGCGAUGAAAGAAAUGACCACCAAUCUCAUUGCGGGACUCAGAGGCCAGAACCUACGACUCGCAGCAGGUAUGCGAACCGUCGGCUGGUUACGGCGAGUUGCACCGGAUUUAGAGACCUUACAGAAGGAGGGGGCUACAGGAACUGGAGAAGGAGCGCUGGGGGCUACCUUCUUGAUCUGCCGACUAGCUCAUUUGGUCUCAACUUUAGAGGCAUUGGAUCCAUUACGAGAGCUUGCAGACCAAGAGACCCAACGGAGGACGGAUGGAAAAACCAAGUCUGAUUCGUGGUCCGGUGGCCAGCAAACCGAUCGCUACUUAAAACGGUAUAUCGAGAUUUUUCGAGAACAGAGUUUCGCCAUUGUCUCUUUAUACAAGAACAUCUUCGCUGCGGAACAGUCGGAUUCUGACGUUGCCGCGUCAGGGCUUAAGGCAUCCGACCCCAAAAUCAAGUUACGGGAUCCCUUACAAAAUCGCCCGUCAGCCCUGGCAACGUUUCCAAUGCACUUGGUACAACUCCUUACAGAUACCAUGCGAGCGUACCUUCCCAACGUACGGGACAAAGGUUCGAGAGAGAGUCUGCUGACGCAGCUAUUGUAUUGCGCAGCUAGUUUGGGUCGCCUCGGGGGCGAUUUUGGCAUGAUCUUGACAGAGCUCAGUAGGGAAGAGGACAUAGAGUAUGAAUGGGAGGAAAUAAUGCGCAAACACCGGGCAUUAGCUGGGCGGUUAGAGCAACUUACGAGUCGAGUCGCGGUGCAUUGA